UAUUUAGUACUUCAAAUGCGGACUUAUUCAUCUGAGCCUCAUUGAUCAAAGCGAUGGAAGAAGAUUUGGAUUUGGUGGUGAUCUCGAGGAGCAUCGUAAAUCCCAGAAAUGUUAAGAAAUCGAGUUGGGCGGAGAAAAUUCAUCUGACUCCAUGGGAUCUCUCUCGUCUUCGUUUUGGUUAUCUUCAAAGAGGUCUCCUUUUUCCCAAACCUGAUCCCAAGAUUGACAUAGUAAUCUCACAACUACAAACUUCACUCUCUGUUGCACUUGAUCGUUUCUAUCCUUUGGCUGGUCGUCUUGUCAAGGUGAAGAACGAAGAUGAAACUGUCUCAUUUUCCAUCAGCUGCGAUGGUUCAGGUGUGGAGUUUGUUCACGCCAUGGCUAGAAACAUCCAGGUCAGUGAUGUACUUGAGUUGCCCGGUUCUGUCCCCGGGUUUUUCAGUUCCUUUUUCCCUGCGACCGGGAUCAAGAACUACCAUGGUGUCUCAAGAUCUUUGCUUAUGGUUCAAGUGACUGAGAUGAAAGAUGGGAUUUUUAUCGGUUUCGGCUAUAACUCUACGGUGGCUGAUGGAAAUUCGAUCUGGAAGUUCUUCAACGCAUGGUCUGAGAUUUGCUCCAAGGAUUCGGGAUCCGGAACCUCCCAAUUUCGUCUUCACCUCAAAGGUUGGUUCUUUGACGGGAUUGAUUAUCCAAUCCACAUUCCAGACCCUGAAACAAAAACAACUAGUUACGCAGCAUCAACAGCCAAUUUGCAAGAGAAGAUGCUUCAUAUCACAAAGGAGAAUGUUUUGAAACUGGAAGCUAAAGCCAACGGUGAGGCUGAUCAGAAGGUCUCGUCUACUCAAGCGGUGUUAGGACAUAUAUGGCGUUCGAUGGUUAAGCACAGUGGCAUGAGCCGAGAAGAAGAGACCCAUUGCAGGUUACCUACAAACAUGAGGCGCAGGCUCAAUCCACCGCUGGAUGAAGAGUGUUUUGGGAAUGUGAGUCAGACCGGGAUAGCCACAGUCACGGUCGGUGAGCUGCUGGACCAUGGACUAGGCUGGGCUGCUGUGCAGAUAAACAAAAUGGAGCGGUCACAAACGGAUGAGAACGCCAAAGCAUUUGCUGAGGAUUGGGUGAAAAAUGUCAAGAUUCCUGUUUCUGUUGGUAGCAAAGAUCUAGUUGUCACUAACUCUCACCGGUUUGAUGUGUACUGCAACGAUUUCGGUUGGGGUAAACCGAUAGCUGCAAGAGCUGGACCGCCAUAUCUCAAUGGGAGACUCGUUGUGUACCGAGGAGCCGAUGAAGGAAGUCUUGAUUUUCAGGCCUGCUUACGGCCUGAGCUAGUGGACAAACUCUUAUUGGAUAUUGAUUUUAAAGAGUAUGUGAGCAUCGUAUGAUGUUUUGUUUAAGAAAUGAAGUCGAAAUCUAAAAUGUCCAUCUUUUCUCCUGUUUUCUGUUGAUCUCAAUUCAGAAUUGUGUAAUUUUAGCUCUGUAUUAUAUGUAUGAUGAUUAUCCUAUUUCAUAAAGAUAAUGGGCCCUGC